CCUCUUUAUAAACCCAUUGCGCACUAAGGAACACCAAACUCAGCUACUGACGGGUUUGUUUUUAUUAUUGUUUCUUUAGAACGGUGAAAGAAGUUCACGGUCGGGGCUGCCUUGGAUUUAAUGAUGCCGUGUUGUCUUCGAUUUGGAAUAACAUUGCUGUUAGCAGUGUUAGUCACUGAAGUUUGGACGCAGAACCCCCCUCUAGGCUCGGUGAGGACAGAAUGUCAAGGGAGUGUUAUGAUGAUGAUGUUGGAUAAGUCUUUUGUUGGAAAGUAUUUUCGCAUCAAUGUGAUUGACAAUAAGGGGGCGCUUGUGUCCCUCUCUCCAAGACUGGCCGCACAGUGUGGAUAUAGCUUAACCGUUGACUUCUUGGGAAAUGCCAAGUUCCUUGCUUCUGUGUUGAGCUGCUUUGCUCAGAACACAAAUGAUGAGACCUACAAGCUGACAGUACAAAUCAGUGUCUUCUCAAACAGUGCUAUGACUUCAGCUUCCUCCUAUGUUCAGAGCAUGACAUGCCGCUAUUCUCCUUGGGCAGAGAGGGAGAUUCUGUGUGAAAGAAACUACAUGGAGGUUUCUGUGAGAAGAGGUGUGCCACUUAUUGAGCCAAACUUUGUUCAAGAUGAUCCUGAUUGGUCCCUUGCAUACCCUGAGGCAACUGCUGCUGACAACAGCAUCUGGAAAGUUGUGUUCCAUCUCCCAGCAAAUAGAAAGACAACCAUGACUAUUGCUCAGGCCAUGACAAAUGGCUAUGGCAUAAACACUACACCAAGUCGAAUUCUGGUUAGAGCUGCAUACAACUCCACAGAAAGCCAGCCUCAGGUGAUCCAAACUGUACCAAUGGCUGUGCUAAGGUCAACCACCUUUUAUAAGCAAAGAUGGAUGGUCAUGAUGGUGGACACUGCAGUUACAUGUCCUACUGAUGGCACAGCCUUCACAGAACAGAUGAUUACAUGGAAUGUUCCCCGUGUUCUACCUCCUCUUGUUCCGACACCACAAAUUACUACCCUUGAUGUUCAAAUGGGAGUUGAUGGUCGCAAGCUUGACCCUGCAACGAUUCAUAAUAGAGAUUAUAAACUGGAUGUCGGUCCCCAGCUAAUCGCUGUAAAAAUUCCUGUGGGAGCUGAUGGUGGAUAUUACAAGAGCCAUGUAUUGGACAACACAUAUGUGAUCUCUUACUCUAUUGAACCAAUGCUGGAGCAUACCUGGCAAGAUGGGCCUGAGAAGACCAAGUACACCGUACUUCAUCCAAUAACCACUCCUUUCAUGCCUCGGCCACCAGUUGUCACAAACAACACUGUUCCUAAAGCCAGAGUGUUCAAUGUGACCCUGGGGACAUUCCUGCCUGAUGUGGAGCUGGUCAAAAUUUUAGUUGGAUCAGAGACGUUAACUGUGCCAGAAGCCAACCUAAAAGGUUAUAAUGUCCAGGAGCAUGUCUUUCCCAAUGGAUCCAAGACCUACACUCUCCAGGUGCCAUUUGAGGACCCCAAUGUGAAGCAAAAGGUAACUCCUCCAGACACCAGAACCUACAUUCUGCCCCUGACCUACUUGCUGAAUAUAGUGCCAGAGAAUACACCCUUUACUCAUCCUGCUGUAGUUGAAGCCAUUCUCAAAGACAUCAUUCUACCUACAGUAACUGGCUACUGUGAUGGUGCUGCAUUCUAUACCAUGGUAACAUAUGGCAACAUGGGUCGCAACUGGGUUCCUUUUGUGGGCUCAAGAGAACUUGGUGGAAGUCUGCUUGCCCUGUACAAGUAUAAUGCCAAUGCUACCAAUUUCUGGAUGACUGUGCCAUACAACUCAGUUGAUGCCACAUAUGAAGUGGUCAGUUCUUCGGGCAUCAGAAGCAGGCUUGACUUGACCUUGAAGGAUGUUGGCACCAUGGUUGUGGUGGCUGACUUUUCUCUGUCCUGCAGUUUCCCUACAAAGAUGAUUGAUUGCUUCACCAAUGGAACUAUGGCAGCUCUUGCUGUGAAAGUGGAAUCUGUCCCCAGCUUGUCUCCAAGUCAACUAACUCUAAGGGAUCCGAGUUGCCGGCCUCUUCAGUCUGAUGCUAUCAAUGCGGUUUUCUACUUCAAUGUCAACUCCUGUGGCACAACUAGAAGGGUUAGUAUUGACACAUUUUAAAACCAUAUUUUGAGGAGGUUCAACAUAUUGACAAGUUGGCCACAACACCCCUGGAUCAAUCUGGGGAGCCAUGGUGA